ACUUAAAACUUUUGGCAAUAACUAGUUUUUAUUAAGAGAUCUUGUUUCAUUCGCUUAGAAAUCUUCGGACAGUUCGGUUGAAAUCAAAAUCUCUUUAGAAAAAGAAAUGGUUUGUGAAUUUUAACGAUAAAUAAACGUGGUGAUUUUAAAUUUUUUGUACCAUCUUAUUGCAGAAGCUUAAAAAUGAAUUAAAAAUAAUACUUUUGAGCCUUGUGGCCAUUCAACAAUUCGACUUUUCUGAAGGAUCCCGCAUAUUGGCAGCCUUCUUUUUUCCGGCGCGGAGUCACUUCAUGACGACCCAUUCCAUUAUUCGGGAAUUGGUGAAAAGAGGACAUGAAGUUACCUUCAUUACCCCUUUUUCCUUGGCCAAAGAGAACUUAGGGUCCAACUACACGGAAAUAGUGUUCGACCAAUACGCCAUCUGGCCUGUGGUCCAGGAGUUGACCAACACAAACUCAGUUCUGGAAAUGACGGAUGUGAGUGGCUUUACUUUUCUCCGUAUGGUCUACCUGAUUGGGACUCUCACCACCGACUUCGCGUUUGAGCAACCUGCCAUCCAAGCCAUUAUAAACGCCAGGGACAAGGUGGGAAAGUACGAUCUACUUUUGGCCGAACAGUUCCACAACGAGGGCGCCCUCAUCCUGGGCCAUCUGUAUCAGAUUCCUGUCAUAACAGUUUGCACUUUUGGCCAUUCCCACUAUAUGAGUGGCCUUUUUGGCAGUGUAGCCCCAUUGUCCUUUGUACCUCAUAUCUUUCUGCCCUACACUGAACGCAUGUCCCUAUGGGAACGACUAGAAAAUGUGGUCAUGAGUGUGUCAGAGGAGUUGCUACGAAAGUUCUCCCAUUACCCCAAACAGGAUGCCAUUCUGAAGAAACACUUUUCCAAACUGUUGGAUAGAGUUCCGACUAUAAGGGAACUGGAAAACAAUGUCUCUGUGAUCCUAAUGAAUUUGUUUAUGCCGUUGCUGUCGCCCAGACCACUGACCUACAACAUGAUUCCUGUGGGAGGGAUUCAAAUUCCAAAACCCAAGGCUCUGCCUGAAAAUCUACAGAAGUACCUCGAUGGCGCGACUCACGGAGCUAUUUACUUCAGUUUGGGCUCUCAAGUCCGAAGUUCCGAAUUGCCACCCAAAAAGCUCAAGAUAUUCCUGGAUGUCUUUGGCACCCUCAAGCAGAGGGUUUUGUGGAAGUUCGAGGAGGAGUCUUUGACCAAUCUUCCUGCCAAUGUGAUGGUUCAGAAGUGGAUGCCACAAGCAGACAUCCUGGCACAUCCCAAUGUCAUGUUGUUCAUUUCCCAUGGCGGACCCAAUGGCUUUCAGGAAGCUCUUCAAUACGGGGUGCCUGUUUUGGGAAUGCCCAUCUAUGCUGAUCAGUAUCCAACUAUCAAUAAAGGAAAACAAGAAGGACUUGCACUGGUCAUGGAUUAUAGGAAAAUCACUGAAGAAGAGCUUCGUUCGAACCUUCUUGAGUUGCUGGAGAACCCAAAGUUCAGAAACAACAUGAAACAGGCAUCGAAAGUAUUUCGGGAUAGACCUCUGAGCGCUAUGGACACGGCCAUGUACUGGAUAAACUAUGUGAUCGAGCACCGUGGAGCUCCCCAUCUUAUUUCCGUUGGUGCAGAGCUUACCUGGUACCAGUUCUACCUUCUAGACGUUAUUGGACUGGCUUUUGCAGUAGUUCUACUGCCAAUCCUGGCACUUCUUUUUAUCUGCCGAAAGAGCUCCAAGAAGACAGCCACCAGUCCCAAAAGGAAGCUUAAGAAGAAUUGAAAUUUAUAAAAUACCUAAUUGUGUUUAUUCUAUGUAAAGUAUAAAUAUUUUUUUAAUCACAUUAAAG